AAUAACAUGAUUCAAAUAUCAUUCUGAUGUCAGUGUACGUCCGAAUUGGUUGGUCAGGCUCUGGAUUUUUGAUAAAUUUAGAUCGUGUACGGAUUAAGAUUCAGAUAAGAUUAAAUUCAGAUCAUCGUACACAGAGCAUCGUAUUUUGCAUUGCAACUUUACCGCUGUUAAUCCACAUAUUUUUUGUUUGGAACUAGGCUCCGCAGACGGCGCACAUUACGCUAAAAAUUGACCACGGCCACGAAACCCUAAAACUAAGCUGAGUUAUCAAUUAAAUUAACAUCAAGUGGAUUAAGAGCCGGGUAAAUAAUUACGGUAACGUAUAAAUUCGUAUAAAAAGGACCGCCUCGCUUAGAAACAGUGAUUAUCAAAAAUGAAGCUUCUAGUAGUGUUACUCGUGAUAUUUGCGUUGACAAUAUGUCUCUGCGAGAGUGCUCCCCUAAAUUCAGAUCAGACGAUUAGAGAAAAACGCCAUUUUAAACGAUAUGGCGGUGGUGUAAAGAAAAUAGUGAUCAUCAAAAGUUACGGGGGUGGAUACGGUGGACAUGGGGGUGGCUUAGGGUAUGGCGGCGGCGGUGGCUAUGGAGGCGGCGGUGGCUAUGGAGGCGGCGGUGGUUUCGGGGGUGGGGGCGGUUACGGGGGCGGGGGCGGUUACGGGGGCGGUUAUGGGGGAGGAGGUGGGUUUGGAGGCGGCGGAGGAGGCGGGGGCGGGGGCGGUGGCGGCGGUGGUUACGGAGGUGGCUACGGAGGCGGAUUUGGAUUCGGAGGCGGGGGUGGAUUCGGAAAGAAAUGAUAAACACGCUGCCAUGAAAGUUAGCAAGUUUGAAAACCUACAGGCGUCAAGAUUUACUUUCAAGAGAUGCAGAGAAUUAAGAUAAAUGUACAUCCAGAGGCAAAGUUGAUGUACCUAUACAGAAGUUACCAAAUAAAUAUAUUUCUUAGG